GAGCCGAGCCGUGCCGUGCCGGCUGCCGGAGUCUGACGGGCGCUGCAGGUGGGAGCCCGGCUCCGCGACGGCGCGUAACUUCGCCGGGCCGGGGUUGUCAGCGCCAGCCUCCUUUGUGGAGAGCGGCAGGAKCCGCGUCCCUCCCGCGGCGGCGGCGGAGAGCAGCUCCCGGGGCAGGCUCAGAAUCGGGAUCAGACUCCGAGUCCAAGGAUAAAGAGCAGGAUCAGGAGGAGAGCCCUGCGCAGGAAGGGGCGGCAGAGACCCAGCCACAGGAGCAGCAGCAGCCGCAGCAGCCACCGCAGCCGCAGCAGGAGCCGAGUGAAGAGCAUCAAACAGCGCUCGAGCAGUUCUCGGCUGUGGCAGCGCACAGCACGCCCGUGAGAAAGGAGCAGGCCACAGARAAAGAACAGGAGUUUGCUGCUGCGAGUGCAAAACAACAGGAAUAUCAGCAGCUAGAGGACGACAAGCUCUCUCAAAAAUCUUCAUCUAGCAAACUUUCCAAGUCUCCUCUAAAGAUCGUCAAAAAACCGAAAAAUAUGCAAUGCAAAGUGACGCUCCUGGAUGGAUCAGAGUAYGCGUGCGAAGUAGAGAAACGUUCCAGAGGUCAAAUGCUUUUUGACAAAGUGUGCGAGCAUCUGAACCUUUUGGAAAAAGACUACUUUGGGCUAACRUACAGAGACACAGAAAACCAAAAGAAUUGGUUGGACCCUGCCAAGGAAAUCAAGAAGCAGAUCCGAAGUGGUGCUUGGCAGUUUGCAUUUAAUGUGAAAUUCUACCCUCCAGACCCUGCCCAGCUAUCUGAAGACAUCACCAGGUACUACCUCUGCUUGCAGCUGAGAGAUGACAUCGUUUCGGGUCGGCUGCCCUGCUCGUUCGUCACACUGGCCCUGCUGGGCUCCUACACCGUGCAGUCGGAGCUCGGUGACUAUGACCCGGAUGAGUACGGCAGCGACUACAUCAGCGAAUUCCGCUUCGCACCGAACCACACGAAAGAGCUGGAGGACAAAGUGAUCGAGCUGCACAAGAGCCACAGGGGAAUGACACCUGCAGAAGCUGAGAUGCAUUUCCUGGAGAAUGCCAAAAAGCUAUCAAUGUAUGGAGUAGAUCUCCAUCAUGCCAAGGAUUCAGAAGGAGUGGAAAUCAUGCUAGGAGUCUGUGCAAGUGGACUUUUAAUAUAUCGAGACAGACUCAGAAUAAACAGAUUUGCGUGGCCAAAGGUUUUGAAAAUUUCCUACAAGAGGAACAAUUUCUACAUCAAAAUCCGACCAGGGGAGUUUGAGCAGUUUGAAAGCACUAUUGGGUUUAAGUUGCCAAAUCAUCGUGCUGCAAAGCGCUUAUGGAAAGUGUGUGUUGAACACCAUACAUUUUUCAGGCUCCUGCUGCCAGAAGCACCUCCAAAGAAGUUCCUCACGCUGGGCUCCAAGUUCCGCUACAGUGGCCGGACGCAGGCGCAGACGAGAAGAGCCAGCGCCCUCAUAGACCGCCCUGCGCCUUACUUUGAGCGCUCCUCCAGUAAACGCUACACCAUGUCUCGCAGCUUGGAUGGGGCGUCAGUGAAUGAAAACCAUGAAAUGUACAUGAAGGAUUCUGUGUCUGCUGCAGAGGUUGGUACUGGCCAGUACGCCACAACAAAGGGCAUCUCUCAGACCAACUUGAUAACCACUGUGACUCCAGAGAAAAAGACAGAAGAGGAGAAAGAUGAUGAAGAGGGCAAAAAGAAGAGAGCAGAGGAAGUCACUCCGAUUUCAGCAAUACGCCAUGACACCAAGCCAUCUUUGCUUGGCACUGACUCCCACCACUCCUCGCCAUCCUCUCAGCCUGGCCCCCAUGUAUCUUCAGCAAAGCUUCGCAGGAGAUGCAAGGAGAGCACUCGGACAAAGUCCUUAGGCUGUGAGGCCCCCAAAGAGAGCGCUCCAAAACGCAGCGAGUCGGAGCCAGACUCUGACAGAAAGGGGCGAGUUUGCUCCGCCGAGCAAGACGUGGCUUUUGGCUACAAGCAAAAAGCUGGCAAAGGCGGAACUCUGUUUUCCUUCUCCUUGCAACUUCCAGAGUCAUUUCCUUCCCUCCUGGAUGACGAUGGCUACCUGUCGCUCCCUAACCUUUCCGAAACCAAUCUCCUGCCUGCCAGUGUGCAGCACUACCUCCCCAUCCGCUCCCCCUCCCUCGUGCCUUGCUUCCUCUUCAUUUUUUUCUUUCUGCUCUCUGCCUCUUUCUCAGUGCCAUACGCCCUCACUCUCUCCUUUCCUCUGGCUAUGUGCCUCUGCUACCUGGAGCCCAAGGCGGCCUCCUUGAGUGCCUCACUUGCCAAUGACCUGAGUGACAGUUCAGAGGAAGAGACUGACAGUGAGCAGACGGAUACUGCGGCUGAUGGUGAGACCACUGCCACCGAGUCGGAUCAAGAGGAGGACGGAGAUCUAAAGGCACAGAAUAGUCUGAUUAAGCGAAUACAGGGUGAAAAUGUGUAUGUCAAACAUAGUAAUCUUAUGUUAGAGGAUCUAGACAAAACCCAGGAAGAUCUGAUGAAACAUCAGACCAAUAUAAGCGAGUUGAAACGCACCUUCUUGGAAACCUCCACAGAAACGACUGUGUCUAAUGAGUGGGAGAAGAGGCUUUCCACAUCUCCCGUUCGGCUUGCAGCAAGGCAGGAGGAUGCUCCUAUGAUUGAACCACUAGUGCCUGAAGAGACCAAAGAAGAAACAGAAAAAUCAGAAAAACUCAUAUUUUUGCAGAAGGGAGGUACYACAUUCCUUGAAAUGCAGACUAAACAGUCCACCGGUGAAAAAACCUUGGAUGGUUCAGAUAUCUUCACUUUAAUAGAGUCCGCCAGAAAACCGACUGAGUUCAUAGGAGGGGUUACUUCUACUUCCCAUAGCUGGGCUCAGAGAAUAGACACGACGACGUCUCAGGAGAUAACUUCCAGUGACAUGAAGCAAGCAGAUCAGCCGGAUCAGGAUACAGUGSAGAAGGUUGUACAGGAGACUGUAGUUGUCAAGGAGAGACAUGGGAUGGAGGUGCAUGCAGGAGGGGACCCUGCUAAAGYGGCCGGACUUGCGCUGGAUGCCCAGGCUGAGGCAGCAUCGGCGGUGGCUGCUGGCGCGAAAGGGAAAGAGGGCUCUGCUGGGACUGAGGGGGCGAAGGAGGAAAAAAGGGAGGAGGCUGGCAAAGCCCUAACCAAACAGGAAGGAGUCGCCGCCGCUGCUUCGUGUGAGCAGGCGGAGGAGCACAGAACAACAGUCCAACUUUCAGAGUCUUUGGAAAGAAAACCUCAUUUUGAGUCACCAGUUGUGAAGACUGAGACUAUCAGUUUCAGCAGUGUUCCYGCUGGUGGGGAAACCCUUGAAAUUUCAACAAAGGAAGUGCCAGUAGUCCAUACAGAAACAAAAACCAUUACAUACGAGUCUUCUCAGGUGGAUAGCGGUGCUGAUUCUGAACCAGGUGUAUUGAUGAGUGCACAAACUAUCACAUCUGAAACCACCAGCACUACAACUACUACACAUAUCACCAAAACUGUGAAAGGAGGCAUCUCAGAGACAAGAAUUGAAAAACGAAUAGUCAUCACAGGAGAUGCAGAUAUUGAUCAUGAUCAGGCGCUGGCUCAGGCAAUUAAAGAAGCCAAAGAGCAGCACCCUGACAUGUCAGUGACCAAAGUAGUGGUACAUAAAGAGACAGAAAUCACACCAGAAGAUGGGGAGGAUUGACCACAGGAAUAACCUAGAAUGCAUAUGAAUCCAGACAUGCAUACCAGUAGGAAUACGAGAGCCUAUACGGAGUCUCAGUUCCAACCUGACUGACUUGUAUCUGUCUAUGGAAAAUUUCAGUACAGAAGAAUUGAUCUUGACCGUUAAUAAAGAAACUGGCAGAGAUACCUUCCCAUAGAAAGCAAUCUGAAUCAGCAGCAGUUAAACAAUAUUGCAUGAAGCAACAAUAAAAUUACAGAAAAGCAGCAUUUUUAAUUUUCUUAAAAUGUCUAAGUUUUCAGCUUUACCUGCACGUUCAUAAACAAUAUAAACAGUGAUCUCAUGUAACACAUAAACAGUUCAUGCCUUUCACAGUUUCUGAAAGUCUAAACAAAUUAAAAUUUGUUAGGUGGCAAGCCUUUUGUUUACGGAUAUUGUAAAUGAAGAUUACUCCCAAAAUGCUAGAAGCUGUAUAGGUACUGUGUAUAAUGUUUUACCACACAUUAGAUGUGCCAAUAACACAGUUUAUUCAGUAAACAACUUGAAUCUUAUAUUUGUUUCAUCUGGUUUUAUUACUGCCCAAUAAACGAUGAUGAAUCUUUACUCUUAUCAAAACAUUUAAAUGCUUACAAAGUGUGCUUUGUAUACCUGACUGAAUACCUUAUGAGGUAGUAAUGAUUUUAGUAUAUUAACUUUAAUGAUUUUUGUCAGCAUUGUUCAGAGUCAUCUUCCAGUCACCCUUCACAGAUCCUAACCUUGUAAAUUAUAUGUAGUUAUUUCAGAGAAAGAAAAAAAAUCUGUAUUUUACUUAGUUUGCAGCUUUAGAAAAUUAUUAAUCUGAAAUAACCGUGAUGGUUUUCUAUUGAUUUCCCUUUUGUUCUCAGAGGAAAAAAAAAAUCUGUUUGAGAAUCUGGUCAGCAUCUACUAUCUAGUUCUGAGUCAAGCCUUAACCUGUACAGAACAUCCACUGAAAACUCGUUAGUGUCCAGCUCUAAUACCCACGGAAGGGAUAGCGUCCAUUACACUGUCAGCUGCAUCACAACACAUGGUGAAUGUAUGUUUCUGCAUAGUGAAAUAAAAGUGGUAAAUGCAUCCGAAAUCGUAUUGUUCUGUGUCUAAAAGCACCUAGUGGUUUUUAGUAUUCAAAACAUCAAACUGUUACAUUUGUAAGACACCACAGGUUUUAGUCAUGUGCACAGUAGAUGUGUUUUGUCUUCAGCGGCUGACACUGCACUGUGCAGACAGUGGGAGCUAGCAGAGAAUCCAAAGGGAUGACAGUGUUCACCUUUGGGCAUAUGAUGUUUGCAAAGCAAAAGAAUUGUUUGGUUCCUUCUGUUUUCUCUGGUUGUGUAACAUUUCACCGAAGCUAAAUGAAGAAUUUUGUCGUUGCUUAGAAAGUAAAGGCCAGUAGCACUUGAUCCAGAUCCACUCUCUUUGUAUUUUUGCUCUGAAACAUGGAUAAAAUUAUCUUUAAAGCAGUAUUAUUUAUUGGUUCUUUUUUUUUUUUUUUUUUUUUUUGCUCCUUUGCCGCACCUCACUCACACUCCCUUGGUAGGUUAAGAGAAAUUUGUAACAAUUAGUUCACCUUUCAGUCUGUAUUUCCUUGCAGGAUUGAAAGACAAUGGGUACAAGCAGACUUUUCAGGACAUAAAGGGCCAAAUUUGCCCUUCGUUGUUUACACGGGGCUCCCUCCCAUUGAAGUCAAUGGAUUUGCCUUCAGUGGAGAGCAGGAUUUGACCCAGUGACUUGUUAAUAAAUGUUUAUUUUCAUAAUUUAGAAAGAAAAAUAGUAUAUAUAGAGAGAAUAACCUGUAGAUAUUAAUUAAAAGUAAUAUCCCAAGGCUUUUAAAGCUUUGCCCUUAGUCUCUAAAACGUCUUCCUUUCACCAGCCAUUCUUCAUGCCUUUAAAUCCAGAGUGCUAACGAUGUAACCCCUCCCCGCACUGCCGUCAUUGUUACCUCUCCCACACAAAGCUGACGGUCUGUUGUGAUCUUUCACGCCCUCUCCACCUCCUCCUCCUCCUCCUCCUCUUCCUCCUCCUAGUCCCAGACCAUCUCUGUUUCCAUCCCCCUGAGUGACAGUAGGCUCAGCUCUCUGGUGCUGCUGGUGCGCAGCGGCAGCCGGGGGUGCAGGAGGUCCUCACCCUGUCUCGGCCGAUGGCACAYCAGCUCCUCGCUACUGCAUCAGGAGUUUCAAAAUAGACUCUGAAGCCAUAUUGAUCCUCCCUCAGGUGCCCCUCAUGUUGUCAGCUAAGAAACAGCAUUGUAUUACCUCAGAGAGACACGAGGCGAUAGCACAGCCUUCUCUCCAGAGUUAGCAUUAUAUUUUAGCAUGGCUUGAGGAGAUUGUACUCUGGUGAUCCUGCACAGUAUGUACGCUGUCUAAAGAUAUUGUAUUGUAWGAAGUUAGUCUCCUUGGAAAGGACACUCACCACUAAGACAUGGCCUAAGUGCAUAUAAACUAUGAGGAGAUGAGAGUGGACAGGCAAGGACAUCUCAGUGCCACUGUUGGUAGUAGACCCUUGUUUGGGGGACGGUUCCUGGAAGUGAUAGCUUUGGUUUUUGUUAGAAACUGUUUCUUGGGUUGUCUGCCUAAUGCUGUGCCACAUGAAAUAAAGAGCACCUGCCUGUUUCUACCAAC